AUGCGCAUAUUUUCGAUUGGAAAUUCCUUAAUUAAACUGCAAUAAAGCACUUUAAAUACUCUUAUAUUUAGAAAUUCAAAACAUUCAAAAAUCUUUGAAUAUGGAUUGAAGUGUAUGAUCAUUUUCUUGGCGAAUUCGGUUCAAAUAUAACUUAACAAUUACAAGAUACAGCAAUGUAAGAUCAUCAGAGGUUAAUGGCUUCUAAAGAAAACAUAUUCUUUUUACGUUCCUUUCUAUUAUUAAUCGAAGGUGGCUUAUAUAUUUCAAAAGAAAUUUUAAGUCGAGAAUGUCAAAAGUCUGAAAAUGACCUGGAUGAAAUACUCAAAAUUAAUGAACCGAAACUGAAACAUUUGUUCCAUGACAAGCAAUACCAAAAAUUGUUUCCAAAGUUUGGUACAGCUGACGUCAACUGUUGGGACUUGCAACUGUUAGUUGGUGUUUUGAUAACUGUGUUUGGGAGAGAUCUUAAAUCGGGAGAAAAGGACAAGCUUAAGUUGUUAAGAUAUAUGAGAAACGAAACUUUUAUGCACUGCACUACUGCUGCUCUAGAUGAAAGAAAAUAUGAAGAAGUAAUAGAAGAAAUAGAUGACAACAUUACAACAUUAGCAUCAACGUUCGAUAUUUCAGUACAACAGCAUUGUUCAAACUACAUCAAACAGUUUACUUCCGGGCCAUUAGAAGCCGUAAGACCAUCUCUACCGACGUUUAAUGGAUUUAGUCAGUUAUGUCAAAAGAAAUUUAAAGUUGGUGUGGAAACAGAAUUGGUUAUCGGUGGUCCUUCUUCAACCUGGACAAAUCUUUGCGAAUACACUCUUGAGACAAUUUUCAAUCAUGCUGAAAGCAUGGCAAGUGAAGAUGGUGGAUUUCAGGAAAUUGAAGGAAAUGUUAAGAAAAUGCUUAGCUAUUUGGAGAGCAAUAAAGAUGUUGUAUUCAAAGGAUGUAAAAGAAAAUGCAUCAUUCUGUUUUUUCAGUGCAAGGACUAUGAAAGCUUCUUACAUUUUCUUUGUAAAGUAGAAUGUCAGGAAUACAAAAGUUAUUUAUGUGUCUUAUCAAAUUCCCUUCAUAGAUUCUUUAAGCCAAGAUAUCCGAUAUCUAUCACAUCCCAAGUUACAUCAGAAAGUUUGCAAUCGGUAUUGAUUGACAUUAUAAAAACUCUCUCAAACGAGGAAAAGCGACGCCAUGUCGUUGAAGUAUCAUCUGAAGACAAUAUUCACGAAAACAAGGCAAUGACAACGGCGUCACAUGAUGUAAACAAAGAAAAUCAACUAAUUAAUCAAAGCGAAACCUCUCUGUUUCUGAAUCUUGAAUUACAAUCUGAGGAAGCUUUACCUCAAAUGCUACAAUCAUUCCAUGGAAAACAAUUCUCGGACAGCUUAAAGAAGGUUGCUGACUCACUCUCACUACAUUAUGGCGGUGAAAUUACACUAAAAGCAUCUAUGGAUGUCGGUGCGAUGCUGGAAGCUUUAGAAGAUUCAGUUUCCAGCGCAGUUACAGUUGCUCAAGAUGCUAAAACGACGGAGACUAUCUAUGCGAUGACAUCAAAGGAUGAUUUACACUCACUGUCGGAUGGAGAGAAGACAUUUUUAGCCGACAAAGUCCGUAUAAUGAAGUCCGUUCUGUUUCUCAGAAAAAAUUACAUACUAGAAGAUAUGAUGAAUGUCCUGACCAGAAAGGGUUUGUUAACUCAUCAAUGGGAACAUUUUCGCAUUAACCGUAAAAGAAAUGCUGACAUAUUUAUUUCAAUGGUGUUGACUAGCCCAAAAGAAUUGCUUGAAGGCUUUAAACAGUAUCUACACGACCGAGGAAUUUAUUACAUUCAGAAGAUGAUUGACUCAAAUAGCGUAACUUUAAACGAUAAAACAGUUUUGUCAGAACUAGAAGGAUCAAUGACAGGAAAAUGUUUAAGACCAAAUGGUGGCAAACCUCUUAUCAAAUUCACCAGCCAACAGAGAGAUUUACUUCUUCGGGAACUUGAAAAUGCAAAUGAUAUUGCUGCCAGUCUUUUAUCAAAGAUGAUUAUUAGUGGUAACGAAUUCUUGAAAAUAAGUCUUCAACAUACCGGAAGAAUGGGUACUACAGUCCUACUUGACAUACUUGAAAAAUGUAAUGAGAAUCAUUUCGUCGAUUUUUAUUUUGCUAUGAAAGAAAACGGGUAUAACCCGUCGACUGAAGACUUUGCCGGAAUAAACCAAUUAAUCUCGAAAUCCGACAUGUCUGCAGAAGAUCUGUUCAGGAGAUAUACUCCCCGUAUCACAUAUGGUAUAAUUAAACCAGCAACUACCUCAUCUGAAAAGCAAACCUCACAAAAAGAUAGCAAGAAUGAAGUUGAACCCAUUUUGAGAAAACAUCAAGAAAUCGAAAUUAUGCAGCAAGAUGAAUAUCAACACUCGAUAACCGAAGGUAUAAAUGUUGUUAUACAUCAAAUGAUUUUCACUCAAGAUAACUAA